AUGAAACGAGAGUUUGCUAAUAACAAGACAGUAGAUGAGAAAGAACACGAUACAAAAUUAACAUUACGAUCAUCGAGUGAUGUUUAUAGAGUUGAUCAUUCUUUAAGAAUAGAAGUUUUUCAAAAAUGGGUAUGGGUUAUUGAAAAACGCAUUCCAGUUGCGGUCGCUUCAGAUCUUAUUCAUUGUUUUGUACGUUUGACAACUCAAACUGAUAAAAAUUACAAAGAUCGUGUACAAUUACAAUUAUUAAUUGAAGUAGACGAGCCAGCACUAUUCGCCGUACAAUUAUUACAUCGACGGACCGUAAGAACAGUUGUUCAAUCAUCAUUUCCGAUGAAAUCAGUAAAAAUCUUUCAAGUCAAUGUAGCUGGAUAUGUACAUCCAUUGCAACAUAUGCGCGGACCUAAUGAGAAUGUCAUAGAGAUGGCACGUCCCAAGGUGAGAGAAAGUAUCCAAGCAUUAGAAGUUUUACUCGAAUGCAAAUCAGCCGUACGCAUACCUAUAGAUGCGUGUUUUGAUUUAAUUGAUAUUAAAAAUGGUCUAGUACCAUAUGUGAUUGGUCACAAAGCAACAAACAACACACAACGAUCUUAUUUACUUGAAAGACCUAAUGGUUCAGCUCAAUUUAAAUGUCAAACAUGUCUACUACAUUCUUUCGAACCUGAAAUACUCUUACAAACUAUAACAGAAUUAGAUAAUGCAAAAUUACUACAAAUAUUUAUUGAACUAUUUCCACCGUCAAUAAUGCAAUCACCUGUUGAUCAAUCGUUGAAUAUGAUUAUGAAUACAAAUCAUUUACUUGGACAAUUAAUUCAUAUUCUUCAUGAAAAAGUUAAACAAGCAAAAUUAUUUAGUAAUCAUACUCAAAGCUGUAUAUUAUUAAGUCAAGCGAUUGAUAUUCUUAGUCGACUUCAUCAUCAAGAUAUUCUAUCGAUUGGACAAGUAGUUAAAUAUCUUCAUUAUGAUCGAUUACUAUUUGAUUUAACGGAAUCGAUAUCAAAACAAACAUUUCUUGACAAUGAAAAUAAUUUAUGGGAAAAAUGUCAAAGUUUUCUGAAAGAAAAAAAUCAUUCAGACAAUGAUGUUAAUACAGAUCUUGUACGUGUUGCAUUAGCAUACGCACUGUCAAGAAAUGAAAUGAAAUUUAUACAAUCGUUAAUACAAACAGGACGUCGAACACGUUUUUAUCUUGAUUUAGCCGAAGUUUUUGCACGUUUAUUAAAUAAUGAAAGUCAACUACAAAUACGUCCUGAACUUGUACGUGGAUUAUGGGAUAGAAUAUUAGAUAUAUUAUCAGAUAAAUUACAAGGACCAGGUGGUGUUAAACAACAAUCGAGAAAUCGUCAUCAACAAUCAAAUACUUUAAAUGAUAAACUAUCUGUUGUUGAUCUACAAAAAUUUCUUAUAAAUAUUCAUCAUCCAAUUUUAAUACAAAUCAUAUUUUCACUUUCAUCACGUCUCUAUUCACUUAUAUUAGUUGAACAAUCACAUGUCGAUAUUUAUUCUGAAUAUUCACGUUAUUGA